AUGAUCAAUAAAUCAAUACAAUCUAAUAGAAACAUGAUUUUUUCUUCUUAGAUUAGUAAAGUCAUUUUAAACAAAUAACAAAUAAAAGAAGAUAAUUUGUUGAUUAAAAGGAAAACUUAAUAAAGAUAUCCAUUAAAAGAGCAUAGUAACUAAUUAAAGGGAAGAAAUUCCACAGAUAGUAUAGAAUCGAUUUCUAAGUACUAAACUUGUAAUAAAAUAAAGAGUCCUAACAUUAUGAUCUCAAACAGAAAACUUUUUAUUUCAAGUAGUAAAAAAAGUCUAUAGUCAGUAAGUUAAGAAUCUAUAUCCUAAUAAUAAGGAAAGAUAAAAGCAAAUGAAUAUGGAUAUCGAGUAAUUAUUCACAGAACUAACAGGAUGUCGACAGUAUAAAUUGAAGAUGAAGUGACAGAAUAAUCUUCUAAAUUUAAUACAUAUAAAGAUCCUGAAACUUUCACGGAUUGGGUUGAAAAGAUUUAUGGAAAACAAUGGUUUUGCUGAAUUAACCAAUAAAU